AUGAUCCUCUCCAGUCUCCUUGUGGGGUGCGUCUCCCUAUGGGGAGCAGCACAUGCCCUUGGACAACAGCCUGUCGUCGCCUUCACCUCCAGUCCAGGAUAUCUGAAGCUUGCAGGCCCAGGAACUCCCCCUGGAACGGUUGUUCUCGAUUCAGCCGACUGGCCGGCAGUCUUGAGAGCAGCCGGUGACCUUGCCGUGGACUUUGGGCGUGUUACUGGAACGAACCUGACCAAAACGGUGAUCAAUGGCACCACAACGUCGUCUGGGCUAGCAGCAGUAUCAAACAAGGGCCCCGUGAUUAUCGCCGGCACCAUUGGCAACUCCAGUCUCAUCAAUGCUUUGGCGCAGUCCGGCAAGAUCGACGUCUCCGCGACAGAGGGCAGAUGGGAGGCCUUCCAGACCGAAAUCGUGGACAAUCCUUUCCCGGGGAUAUCGCGGGCGUUGGUCGUCAGUGGCAGCGACAGGCGUGGCACUGUCUACGGGCUGUACGACAUCUCAGAGCAGAUCGGGGUCUCGCCGUGGUACUGGUUCGCCGACGUGCCGCCCGCUCAGCACGAGGAGAUAUACGCUUUGGACACGAAGAAAAUCCAGGGCUCGCCGUCGGUCAAAUACCGCGGAUUGUUCAUCAACGACGAGGCACCUGCCUUGACAAACUGGAUCAAUGUGAACUACCCACCCUGCAAGUAUGGGCCUGGGUUCAACGCCGACUUCUACGCACACGUGUUCGAACUCCUCCUGAGGCUGAGAGCCAACUACCUGUGGCCGGCAGAAUGGAGCAACAUCUUCGCUCUGGACGAUCCGCGCAAUUUCCCCACAGCAGACCUGUACGGGAUUGUGAUUGGAACCAGCCACACAGAGCCCCUGAUGCGAUGGACUCUGGAGCAGAGCUUGCUUCUCCAGGGCCCGUGGAAUUGGCUUACGAACGAGAAAAACAUCUACCAGUUCCUGAAAGAAGGCGUCGAGAGGUCCAAGAAUUACGAGGUCAUAUAUACUAUGGGCAUGAGAGGUCUCGGCGACACGGCAUCGCCCACGAUCAACGCCACAACUCUGGCGCAAAUCGUCGCCGCGGAGGAGCAGAUCCUCUCCGAGGUUUUCAACACGACGAACAUCUCUUGGAUCCCGCAGAUGUGGUGUCUCUACAAGGAAGUGGGCGGCUACUACGAAGACGGGCUCCGUGUGGCGGACGAUAUCACGCUCCUCUGGGCAGACGACAACUGGGGGAACAUCGAGAGACUGCCGAUUGGCAAUGAGACUGCACGGUCUGGCGGUGCUGGCGUCUAUUAUCACUUUGACUACGUCGGGGACCCCCAAGACUACAAGUGGAUCAACACUAUUUCAUUGCAGAAAACCUGGGAGCAGAUGCAUCUCGCAUACGAGCGGCAGGCAAGGAAUAUUUGGAUCGUGAAUGUUGGCGACUUGAAAGCAUUGGAAAUCCCGACUAACCACUUCUUCGACUUGGCCUACGAUACACCCAGCUGGUCCGAUCCGGACAGCACCAGCCGGUGGCUCAAGCUCUGGGCCACUCGUGAAUUCGGGGCAGCGGGGGCCGACAAAGUCGCAGACAUCGUAAACCGCUACGGCCAGUACGCAGCUAGACGCAAAUUCGAGAUGAUCACCCCGAGCACGUUCAGCAUCAUCAACUACAACGAGGCUAACAACGUGGUGAGUCAAUGGGAGAGUCUGGUCAACGAUGCCCGUGAUGUGUACCGCGGACUCAGCGAAGCUGCCCGGCCGGCGUUCUUCGAGCUGGUAUUGCAACCUUGCAUGGCUGGCCACAUCAUCACUCAGAUCCAUGUUACGGCCGCCAAGAAUAAUCUCUAUGCGUCCCAGAGACGGACAAGCGCGAAGGCAAUGGCAGACAAGGCGUUGAAACUGUUCAAAGAGGACCACGACUUGACGGUUUCCUAUCACAAGAUUCUUGAUGGAAAAUGGAACCAUAUCAUGGACCAGACGCAUCUGGGUUACCUUUACUGGCAGCAGCCGAUGAGAAACACACUCCCCCCUCUCCAAUACACUCAGCUGUUAGAGGACAGUUUGGCGGGUCCAAUGGGUGUUUCUGUCGAGGGCAGCAAUGCCUCUGUCCCUGGCGACGAUCAAUACCACGCUUUGUCGAGUACCACCCUGACCCUGCCACCCAUAGAUCCCUACGGACCGUCGACGCGCUGGAUCGAGAUCUACUCUCGCUCAACUGAAAGCUUCGAGUUCCAAAUCUCCCCCAACGUCUCCUGGGUCACCGCGACACCGUCCUCCGGCACCGUCCAUGUUAGUGGAAACGGAACGACCACCGACGUCCGCGUGCAGCUGUCCGUCGACUGGGACAAGGCUCCUAUCGGCUCGAGCCUCGUCUCGAUCAACGUCAGCAUCCCAACCGGCCACUUCCCGACGGGGGACUACGGGAACUCGGCCAUGCCGGUUGUCCAGCUCCCCGUGAACAAGACGGUCGUGCCAGCGUCCUUCCACGGCUUCGUCGAGUCGGACGGCGUCGUCAGCAUCGAGGCGCCGCACGCAACGCGCAACACCUCGACGGCGAACGUCUCCUACGCCGUGAUCCCGGGGUACGGACGCACACUGUCGGGCGUCACCUUGCUGCCGGUGAACGCGCCGUCACAGAAAGCGCCUUCCUCCCCGCGUCUCGAGUACGACAUGUACCUCUUCAGCCCUGCGGCCAACGGCAGCACCGUCAACAUAACGCUGUACCUGGGACCGUCACUCAACGUCAACCCUGACCGACCGCUGCGAUACGCGCUGGCCUUCGACGACGACGACAAUCCCCAGGUAGUGCAGUACGUCCCGAGCACGGUGCUGGGCACCUACCCACCGGACUGGCCCUCGGCCGUGUCCAACAACGUGUGGGCGUCGACGACGUCGUAUACAAUCAAGGGCUUUAACGGAAACAGCACUAGUGCAACAGGAACGGGAUCCGCGCACACGCUCAAGCUGUGGGCUCUUGAGCCUGGCGUGGUGUUUGAGAAGAUUGUCAUUGAUCUGGGCGGGCAGAGGGAUAGUUAUCUCGGUCCGCCGGAGAGUCGGAUUGUGUAG